GAAACGAGAGGGACCUCCAACGCUGCAAAGGGACGAAAACGUACCUUCUCGUCAUCUUCCAAGCAUCUCCACCUGAUCAAACCAGACAGCAGACCACCGUCCUCUUUGAUAAUCCCUCAUUUUAUUUUAUAAUAAUUAAUAAAUAAUUAACUGAAAUUUACAGAGAUUGUUUAGUAAUUUUAAUAUUAUUAUUCGCCUGUUAUUAUCGCCUUCCACUACUAAAGAUCUUUGUAGCUUCUAUCUCUUUCUCUCUCUCUCUCUCAAUCUUUGUUGGGUGUUUCUUUAAGAGUUUCUUUGGUCUUGAUUGACUUUAAUUCAAUUACUUAAUAAUUUAUCGAGAUUUGUUCAUGGGGGACUCAGUCAAGAUUACAGCGCAAGCAACGCAAGCUGUCAGUAAUGAAGUUGCCCAGGUUUCGUCUACUCAGGCUGCUCAACAAGUUGAUGAACAUUCAAAUGGUGGAGUUUCAAAUCCUGGGCCUAGUGGAAAGCACUCAGAUCUUUCGCUUCAAAUACCUCCUAGACCACUAGGCUUUGGUAGCCGUAGUGGAAAGGGUUUACUCCAGUCUCAAGGUUCCUCCCGAGGUAGUUCAUCAUCUGGAGGCUUCUUGCGGGGUUUAAGCUUCAAGAAAAAAGGUGCUCUAACUGAUGGUGAGAGAAGCUUCCUCCUGAAUCCAAGUUCCACAACAACUCCUGAAAGUCCUAUGGCUGCUUUGAGAUCUGCAUUUUCUUGGAAACGAUGUACUUCUCUUCCUGUUACACCUGCAUCAAAGUUGUCCCCAUCAAUUACUAUGCCUGACUCAGCAAGGAUGCCUGGUGAACAAGUUAAAUCAAAUAAGGAGGGAGUCCAUGCAGUAGUUUCAAGGUCCCUAUCAGUGCCUGUGAGAAAUGUUGUCAUAGUUCGAUCCAUAUCUUUUGAUACGCGUAAAGAACAUGCUUCAACAGACUCUAAUGGUGAUCAGAUUACUCCUCUUCCCACAGAAGGUGAAGAUGAAGAAAUAGCUGAAGAAGAAGCUGUAUGCCGGAUAUGCUUAGAUGCAUGUGAUGAAGGAAAUACACUGAAAAUGGAAUGUAGUUGCAAAGGUGCCCUUAGACUUCUACAUGAAGAAUGUGCAGUUAAGUGGUUCACCACAAAAGGGAACAAAAUUUGUGAUGUUUGUAGAAAGGAGGUCCAAAACUUGCCCGUGACUUUGCUUCGGGUGCCCACCACUGUUCAAAGAGACAAUAGACAGGAGCAUAAUUCACAGAUUUCACGCUCGCAAGUAAUUAGUGCCUGGCAGGACUUUGUGGUGCUUGUAUUAAUUAGCACAAUAUGCUAUUUCUUCUUCCUCGAGCAACUACUGAUUCAUGAGAUGAAGACUCAAGCAAUCAUCAUUUCAGCGCCCUUUGCAUUUACUUUGGGCCUCUUAGCAUCUAUAUUUGCAAUCAUCCUAGCAAUCAAGGAGUAUAUAUGGACAUAUGCAGCUCUUGAGUUUGCAUUGGUGGCCAUCAUUGUCCACGUAUUCUAUACCAUGCUUCAUCUGAAUGCUAUAUAUGCCAUACUACUGGCAUCGGUUCUUGGUUUUGGGACAGCUAUGGGCCUUAACUCAUUAUAUAUUCAGUAUUUUGCUUGGCGUGUUCGUGUUACUCAGGACCCUAGUAUGGCAUGAAUGGAUAUUACCUAAGAAAGCACCAGCAAAAUUACAUUUAUGGAGAUAGUUUUGUACAUAUUGCUAGCCAAGGGCUUUAUAUCAAUUCAGCUUGGAGAGCAUUCUCGCUAUUCUAUUGGUAUUUUAAAUUUUUGUUUGAGAGAACAACUUCUAAGGAAUUUUACAAGUUAAAAUGGAAAAGAGAGAGGCCAUCAGAGAGAUACAUGGCUUGCUGUGCUUGCUUGA